GUCCGAUGGGUAUCUGCAACGCCCCUGCGACUUUUCAGCGGACCAUGAACAUGGCUUUUCAAAAUUUCGUACGGAAGACUCGCCUGGCGCAGAGCAUCAUCAACUACUGCGUGAUUGUGUACAUGGAUGACAUCCUGGUGUAUUCGAGCUCCUAUGAGGGACACGUGCAGCACAUCGAGUGGGCACUGCAUGCGUUACGAGAUGCAGGUUUCAAGGUGGCGCUUGAGAAGUGUCAGUUUUUCCUCACCACCAUUUAUUUCCUAGGGCACGUGGUGACAGACAAGGGACUCCAACCGGAGCCGCAGAAGGUGGCAGUUGUCAGGGACGCGCCAGUGCCUACCACUAUCACGCAAGUUCGCGCCUUUCUGGGCCUAGCCUCGUAUUACCGAAGAUUUAUCAAGGGCUUAGCGGCGAUUGCGGGACCCCUCACAAAUCUCUUGCGCAAGGAUCAGCCGUUGAUCUGGAUGCCGAAGUGCGAUCAAGCGUUUUUCAAACUCAAGGCUGAUCUCAUUUCGGCUUCGGUCCUUAUAAGACCGGAUCCCAUCACCGACUGGCAGCCAGAGGCGAUUUCGGCGAUCCUUGCCCAGGUGGGACCAAUCGGACUCAAGAAUGUGGUAGAGUAUGCGUCCAAAUCAGUACCCGCCUGCAAGCGCAACUACGCCGCUCCGACGGGAGAAUGCUAUGCGGCUCUUUGGGGAAUCAAUCACUUUCGUGCUUACCUGUACGGACGAAAAUUCACCCUGGUGACUGAUCAUGAGCCCCAGUUGGCUCUGAAGAAGUCGAAGGAUUACUCGGGCAUGAUCGGGCGAUGGGCAACGGUGUUGCAGAGCAUGGACUUUGACAUCCGCCAUCGGAAGCACGAGAGACACGGGAAUACGGACGGGCUGACACGUCUGCAUCGGCUUGAGAAGGUUCCAAAGGGUGAGGAGGUGAUUCCGUGGAACGAACCCGAACAGGAGAUCGGACCUCGGUACGGCCAAGUGGAGAUCUUAUCGAAGCAGUAAGUGGCACGAGGAGUAAUUGUUUUGUUCUACCCCCCCUGCAUCCUCUCCUCCUCUAACAUCAUGGCUACUUCACUCGCCUCCGCAACGCCUUCAUCUCCUGCUAAUUCUGCCCCUCUCACGUCCUCCGCUUUCUUUGCCACCCUCCCCGAUAAAUUCUGUUAUUUUUGCACGUGUAUUGCACGCGUUUAUGGGGCUGACUGUCAUCCCUUCGAAACUGGGUUUGUCGAUUGGGUAGAAUGUGCUACGUGUGUCAAUCGUGCGCACGGGGCCUGCGUUCGAUAUCGGACGAGUAGCAAGGAAUGAAGGUGCCCCCUGUGU